AAGCACAUUUCGCGCGUUGUGAGUUCAGUUCACGAUAUAGGGACGAGAGAGAGGGAGAGAAUGCCACCCAAAGCACCAGGUGCAACAAAGGGUUCGAAAAAAGCUAUAUCCAAGUCAACUAAACCACCAGGCGAGAGAAAGAAAAAGAGGAAACGAAGAGAAAGCUACGGCAUUUACAUAUAUAAAGUAUUAAGGCAAGUCCAUCCCGACACUGGAAUUUCAAGCAAAGCCAUGUCGAUAAUGAACAGUUUCGUCAACGACGUAUUCGAACGGAUUGCCGGCGAGGCCUCGAAACUUGCAACUUAUAACAAGCGUUCCACUAUUAGUAGUCGAGAAAUUCAAACAGCUGUACGCCUUUUGCUUCCCGGAGAGUUGGCAAAGCACGCUGUCAGUGAGGGAACUAAGGCAGUGACGAAGUAUACAAGUGCAACGAAGUGAGGAAAUUCGGGUAGAAGUCGAUACUUGGUGCUGAACGUUGACAAUUUGAUCUCGUUUGUGUUGGACUUGUGAUGUGUUUCACCAAUUGUGUGUAAUUAGUUCAUGUGUUUAUAUCACAGCAAAUGAAUACAUUUUGGCAUACUUAAA